AUGGCCUGCAGACAAAUUCAACGCAGCUCUUCAUCACGAACGAAGAAUUUUGACGUGUUUGUUAGCUUUAGAGGUGAAGAUACUCGUAACGGUUUUACUGAUCACCUUUUUGCUGCUCUUCGGAGAAAAGAUGUUCUGGCCUUCAGAGACGACCAAACAAUAAAAAAAGGGGAAUUCUUGGAGUCUGAGCUCUUGCGCGCAAUUGAAGGGUCACGAGUUUUCAUUGUUGUCUUCUCGAAGGACUAUGCAUCAUCCACAUGGUGCAUGAAAGAGCUUACGAAGAUCGUGGAAACAGGUCGAAGUUUGCUCCCUAUCUUCUAUGAUGUCACUCCUUCUGAGGUCCGAAAACAGAGUGGAGAGUUUGCAGAAGCUUUUGCUCAACACGAAGAAAGGUUCAAAGAUGACUUGGAAAUGCUACAAAAAUGGAGGGAAGCGCUCAAAACAAGUGCCGAUCGUUGUGGGUGGGAUAUACAAAAUAAGCAACAAAAUGAAGAAAUCGAAAACAUUGUUGAAGAGGUAAUCAACAUAUUGGGUUAUAAUCAAAUUUUGAGUUUUGGAGAUGAUUUUGUUGAUAUGCAUUCUCGUGUUAAACAAAUGGAAGAACUUCUGGAUUUGGGUGCAAAUGAUGUUGUUGGGCUUGUGGGAAUUUUGAAGAAACUUCUAGACUAUCGAGAAUUUCAUCCUGACAUUGGUAUGAAAGUUCUGAUUGAGAAAUCACUUAUUAGUUGUCGAGAUCGGAAGAUUCAAAUGCAUGACUUGUUGCAAGAGUUGGGGAAGAGUAUUGUCAGAGAAGAAGCACCCAAGGAACCAAGAAAGUGGAGCAGGUUAUGGGACUACAAGGAUCUCCAAAAAGCCAUGAAAAUAAAUACGGAAGCCAAAAAUCUUGCAGCUAUAGUUAUUGAACAACGUCCAGAAGAGUUUCUACAAGAAAGAAUAAGAGUGGAUGCUCUGUCAAAAAUUAAUCACCUUGAAUUGCUCAUACUUCAGAAUGUGAACACUUUUGGAUCUCUGAAUUGUAUUUCUAAUGAACUGAGGUAUCUGAAUUGGGAUAACUUUCCUUUCGUGUCUUUGCCAUCAACUUUCGAGCCAGAUCAACUUGUAGAAUUGCAACUGCGUUAUAGCAAUAUCAAGAAAUUAUGGGAAGGCACAAAGAUCCUGCCUAAGUUGAGAACUCUGGAUCUCAGUCACUCCAAAAAUCUUAUUGAGAUGCCAGACUUAACAGGGGUUCCUCAUCUUACGACUCUUCGACUUGAAGGAUGUAUAGAACUUGUCCAGAUAGAUCCAUCCAUUGGUAUUCUAAGAGAACUUGUUUACUUGCAACGAACUAUUUCCUCUGCUAAGACGGAAAUUGUUAUUCCUGGGACUCAAAUUCCGGAGUGGUUUAAUAAACAAAAUGCUCGUAGUUCAAUAAGUGUGGAUCUAUCAUCUGUUAUGGAUGAUCCAAAUUGGAUAGGUGUUGCCUUUUGUGUACUAUUUGUCACACACCAAGAUCCUACGAAUUUGAGUGAAAGAAGGAAUGGUCAUCGUGAUUGUAUUGCAUACGGUGUCCAUAAUAAACACCUUUUUCGAAAAGGUUAUUUAUUUGUUCCAAUACAUUUCAAGGAAGAUCUGGUGGCAGUUGAAUUAGAUCACUUGUUUACAGUGUUUUACUCUCGGGAAGAAUUCAUCGGUCUUCUUACUCAAGAUCCAGACAAAAUGCUUGAUCCUGCUAAAUUGGAAUUCGAAAUUAUUUCUAAUAAUAGUCAAGGUUUACGUAUUGUUGUGAAGAAUUGCGGAUAUCGUUGGGUAUUUAAGGAGGAUCUUCAACAAUUACACUUGAUGUUUGGCAGAAAUUCUUCAUCUCAGAAGAGUAAACAUCUAAGGAGUGAUUGA